ACGUGUUGGUAAGAGAGAAAUUUUUAUUACGCAAGUCAAGGAAUAGGUACACUAAAGAUUGUUAAAGUACAGUGAGCUGCACAAAUAAAAUGCUCUUUCUUAUCCAUAAACAGCUCAGCCAGAUUUUCACACAAUUAGAUCAAAACAUUUAUUCAUUUAUAUAAUAAGUAAAAGUGCUUUGUCACAACAAUUAUACUUCAGAGCUAAACAGAAGUGUGUCACUGCGACGGCUGAUCAGACACGUUUAAGGUGUGCUCACUUAUUUGUUUGUGCUGCAUUUUUACCAUCGCUGCUCUCUGAGAAAACUGGAUGAAGGUUCUUACAGCUCGUAUUGCAGCAGACUGGCCUCACCCGCCCACUGAACUCUGGGUAAUUUGAUAACUCUGACUGGAUUAAACAUUUUCACAACCUGGUAACCAAGGUUACUAAGACAUCUGAAAUACUCUCAAUCUUUGAUCUGCAUACAUUCCCUCUGCAGGAAAACGCUGGAACGUCUAGAGAACUUGAAAACAGCCUGCAACCCCCGGUCCCCGCUUCUGAGAUGCCCUUGCCGAAAUGACGCUAAAAGAGUCAACGACUUUUCAGUAAGCCGGAGGUACGUCUGUGCUGCCUCCCUUUCAACAGCAUCCUCUAACACUUUGCUCACACGACGGCACUAACUGGAAGCAACCAUGCAUCUAGAGGUCAAGGUGGCCCUCAACUUUAUCGUGUCCUACCUUUACAACAAGCUGCCUCGUCGUCGGGCUGACCUGUUUGGUGAGGAGCUGGAGAGGAUACUGGUCUCCCGCUUUGAGGGACACUGGUAUCCCGAGACCCCGCUUAGGGGAUCCGCUUUCCGCUGCAUCCACUUGGGGGCUCCGAGGGACCCUGUGGUGGAGCUAGCCGCCAAAAGAAGUGGACUGGACACAGAGGAGGUCCGUGCUAAUGUCCCCGCAGAGCUCAGCGUGUGGAUCGACCCUUAUGAAGUUUCCUACCAGAUUGGAGAGAAGGGGGCAGUGAAGGUGCUGUACCUGGAGGACCCUCCAGGCCUCGGUUGCGACAGCGAGAGGGCUGAGGCGGUUAACGGAGAAGGUAAAGGAGAGGCGGAGGCUGAGGAGGCCAAGAGCUUGGGAUUUAAUCCAGAUGCUCAGGUGUUUGUGCCAAUUGGAAGUCAAGCAUCUCCAGCACUCAUGCCAUCCCUGUCAAGCUCUCCCACACCUUUGACAGCUCAGCCUGGGCUCUUUAGCUACCCUAGCUCCAGCACACCUACUGACCCUGGCGUCCAUUCAUCCAACACCUCCUCCCCUUCUCCUCCCAGUGGCGGAUUGCCAUACCUCCCCACUCAGCAGCCGCCUCAAGCCCUCCCUCCUGCCCGUCCACAGCCCGUCACCUUCACCACCGCGAGUUUCGCCGCCACCAAAUUCGGUUCCACCAAAAUGAAGAAGUGCACUGGAGCCGGGUCGCCGGCCAACUCCGGUGUCAUUGUCCCGCCUUCGCAGAGGAUGCUCUCCCGCUCUCCCACCACCAUCUCGGCACCAGAGCUGCUAAAGCACAAGCCCCUGUCGCUCUCUUUGCACUCCCUUGGAGGUCCGACCCCCAGCCAGCUCUCCCCCAGCGCUAAAGAAUUCGUCUACCCAGGAUCCCCGGGCCCCUUUUUCUUUGACGCAGACACCCAACCAAUGCAGCCACAAGCCAGCCCUUUCCAACCCUCGCACAACCUCGGGUCCAAUCCGACCUUCGACCCGUUCGCCAGCCCUUCUCCUCAAAGCGUGGGCAUCCUUAGCAGCAACGGAGGAAUCCCUUACGUGGAGAAACCGUCGUUUGACGGUUUAGGAAGCUACAGCCUGCAAUAUCCAAGCCAGUCUUUCCAGCCUGUGGUGCUGGCCAACUAAGCCUUCGUCUGGGACAAAAACACUUGGGCGCAGACAUGGGUGACUCUCCACUUGUUUUCAGUUUUUCUAACAAAUUAUAAUGCUAACACGCAUCAAGAGUGGGUUUUGCUACAGAGAUUAAAAAUAAUAAUAAUAAACAUCUCCAUAACGUACAUUUUGUUAUGCAUCUCUACAUGACAUUCAUUUUGCCUGGACUCAUUUCUGUUCUCCUUCACGUCAACAUUGAUGGUUAGGGAGGCGAGUUUCUUUCUACUUUUCUUUUGUGACGUGAAACCUUUAUGUUCCACUCCUCCGUCUCUAGAGCAGCUCCAUUUUGCACUGCACUGUCAUGCUGUGAAAAAAAGGACUUUGCCAAGUCCUGCGGGGAACGACUGCUGUGGAAAACUCAGCACUUUGCUCCGCAAUCUGCUCUGCCCUACUUGCCACAAAUACACAGGAGAAGGCGGGGUGGCGUGUGUGUGUGUGUGUGCGUGUGUGUGUGUGUGUGUAGUCCUGCUCCGUUUUGUUAUGGUUCGACCGAGGGAAGGGUUGUUUGUCUCCGUUAUCGUCGGACGCAAUGCUUGUUAUCAGCGGCUGGAAUGAGCGGGAAUGAAUGAUGGGCGAGCGGAGAGAAAGGGCAGCACUGGAGAAUGUAUUGUCUGUCGAGGGGAAAUUUGCUGGAGGAAACCUUUCUGAAUGUAAAUGAGAAAUAAAUUCCAGUUUUAACAAUGCUGAUACCUCUAAUUAAAAAAAAGAAGGUGGGGGAGGGAGGGGAGAACACAACACAGGGAAACGUGCAGACACAAAUGCACCACACGCGUCGACGCGCACGAUGUUCCAGUCAGCAGUGUGUGAAGGUGAACGGGCGAGGAGCAGGAGGUUGGGGAGGGGAUGCAGCAGCCUAAGCAGCAGCAGCAGCGGCGGAUUGUGAUAAAUGGCUUAGCAUGACUUUGACUAUGAAGGAGAGGUUUUUCCUCUGCAUGGAGGAAGAGGGAGGGAGACGGGCAGAGAAACUUCUAGACGAGCGCUUUGCCUCUGCGUCGUACUGGGAAGCGCGUUCCACGUUGAAACCCAGAGCACGUUCCCGGUGAAACUAAAACACUACACUAUUCUCUCCUCUCCUCUUGAAAUUCUCCUGCUGUCUCUUUCUCAAGCUGUUGCAAGACGUAAAAAAAAUAAAUAAACUCUGUAAAGUCCCAGGUUGCUCAGUCUUUUCUCAACUGCAAAAAAAAAAAAAGAGGGAGAGAAAUGACGAUGAAUAAAGAACCUAUGUAUGGGUUCACGGCUUUGUCGGACGUGUGGCUCUCUCUCCCAGCAUUGUAUGUUGUCAGUGGUUACCGCAGGGAAAGGUUAAUCUCCACAUGUCCAGCCGCUCAGCACUUUAUCACUGGGUCUCCUGAUGUCACCGCAGCCAUCAGCGCUAAGCCCGUCUUUUACCCUCGCUUCGUCGUUGCACGUUUUUAUUCAGAUGACCUGAAAAACAUUGGAAGGUUAUUAAAUCAGCCUAACUUGCAUUUCAUUGUGUUGGAAAGAUUCCAGCAGACUUUUUUUUUUCUUAAAUAUUUUUGAGUAUUUUUUCCUGAGGUGUAGCUAUUUUUUUUAUUUUUACUUUUUUUGCAUUAUAAUUUUGGUUAAAUUUGGCAUAAGGACCCAAAAAUAUAACUUUUUUUGUUUUUGAGAAAAUUCUGGAUAUUUUCUCUAAAUUAUCAGUUUAAUUUCAUAUUUUUUUGGUAUUUUUUUAUUAUUAUUGUCUUCAGAUGACCCUUUGCAUUUGUGUUGGUUGGGGAUUGUGACUCCAGGAUUGUGUAUAUAAAGUCCUCAUGCCCAGAUUCUUUAGUUUUGUACGUCCUGAAGUUAUCCCUUCCCCAUUUCUUUUUUUUUUUUUGGUUUUGUUUUGUUUUUUUGUUUGUGUUUUUCUUUGGGAAAUGUAUCAUGAAUAUAUGCAAAUUGAGACAAAAUAAAGAUGUACAGAAUAAAGUAUUGAAUGUGUAUUGUACCUUGUACAGCAUUUGUCUCGUAAAAGACGGGUAAAUGUAUUUUCUUCUUGAGUUUUGGGUUUUAGGAAGUGAACGUUUACAGUGAGCACUGUGCAAGAAAAAGACAGCAGAUAUCGCUCUCUGUGCUCUCCUGGGGCAAAUAAUACUAUUUUACAGGUAAACCAAAAACCAUUACACUUAAAAAAAGUUUGUCCCCUUGAUAUAUAUAUAUAUAUAUCUGUACCUUCUUUAACCUAAAGUGUUUUGUCCAUCGGCACUCUCUGACAUAGUGCUGCUUUUUUUUUUUUUUCUUUUCACUUUUCUACAUUGUCACAUUUCAAGCGUCAAUGUAUUUGUGGGGUGCUUUUUGUGACACACUUUUCAGAUUUGUGUCUUUUUAAGAAAAGACAAAGCUGAAGAGUCUAUUGGGUAUCAACAUGUUUGUUGAUCUCUUGCUAAAUUCCCCCAAAUUACAUUGAAGUUUGUAGUGGCAAAAAAUGUCGAAAGGGGAACAUGUAGCGAGUUGCUGUAGUCAGCUUAUUGUGACUAAAUUAUUUGCUUGAACAUGAUUUAUUUUAUUAGAAAAAUCCCCAAUUUUUUAUUUUUAUUUUUUUUAACUCAUUCCUCGCCGGAACCUUUUCGGGUUCUUGAACGAAAGCCAUAUUGCCCUCCGUCUUUGCUUACGCUGACGCUCAUCCUGUAAUUCUUCCACCGCCCUUCAAAAUUCAAGGUGGGGGGUUUCUACCUCUCUGCACCCUAGAAAGCAAACCCCAGGAAUUUGCUUCCAGUUUGUCGCAUGCAGUUGUGAGAGAUUUGAGGUUGGAGAAAAUAAAGUAUAAAGUGAAUGUGGUCCAGAUGCAAUUGCCCACCCUGGUUUACGUAGCCUGCGGAAAGGAGAAACUUUCAAAUCCAUGCAUGUCUGAAAGAAAAACAGAAAAAUAUUAUGGAUUUUUCUUCACUUCUGUAUUUUGAUGUGGCAAAACCUGCACUGGAUGGUGUUUAAAACGUAGGCUGUUCUAAAAGCAGGGUGGAUAAUUGAUGAAGAUGGAGAAGAAGUUUAUUUUAUUUUUUGUAUUCUGAUGUCCUUUGCUUGUACCACUGUGUGCAGUUUAUUUUGCACCUGGGACUAUUUAAUUGUGAUUAAAAAAAAAUCUUAUUUUCUAUGUAAACUUUAACAUGUAAAAGUUAAUAGAUUAAGAGUUUAAAUAAUAUAUAUAUAUAUAUAAAUAGCGCUCUGUUUCCUCCCUGUAUUUUAUUAUUAUUAUUUUUUCCUAUUUUGUAUCUGACCUGUACACCCUGUAAAUGUCCAAUGAACCUUUCACUACCGGAAAUGCAAUGACCUGUUUUCUGUGCCGCCCCUUCGAGAAAUGGGGGUGGGGGAAGAGUUGCUACUGCAGUUUCUUAUUGUAUCAGAUUCUUUUUUUAAGUUUAUAAUAAAAAACCAAGACUGGCAAAGGAUUAAAAAAAGCAUGGAAACCAA